AUGGACGUACAUUGUCCGACUACAACAUUCAGAAGGAGUCCACCCUUCACCUUGUCCUCCGCCUCCGUGGUGGUAUGCAGAUCUGAGGGCAUUCCUCCCGACCAGCAGCGCCUGAUUUUCGCCGGCAAGCAGCUUGAGGAUGGCCGCACUCUCUCCGACUACAACAUCCAGAAGGAGUCCACUCUCCAUCUCGUCCUCCGCCUCCGUGGUGGUAUGCAGAUCUUCGUCAAGACCCUCACUGGCAAGACCAUCACUCUGGAGGUCGAGUCAUCCGACACCAUUGACAACCGUCUCAUUUUCGCUGGCAAGCAACUCGAGGAUGGCCGCACCCUCUCCGAUUACAACAUCCAGAAGGAGUCAACACUCCACUUGGUGCUCCGUCUGCGUGGUGGUAUGCAAAUCUUCGUCAAGACCCUGACGGGCAAGACUAUCACACUGGAGGUUGAGUCAUCCGACACUAUCGACAACGUGAAGAGCAAGAUUCAGGACAAGGAGGGUAUUCCUCCUGACCAGCAACGCCUCAUCUUUGCUGGCAAGCAAUUGGAAGACGGUCGCACCCUUUCGGACUACAACAUCCAGAAGGAAUCGACCCUUCACCUGGUGUUGCGUCUGCGCGGUGGCCAGCGCCUUUCUUCAUUACAUUCACGAGAUCGCUUCAUACCGCCCUUCACACACGCGCCUAUGCCUUCCUAUUUCUACCACCUCAAAUUUGAGCUGUAUACCUCGCCCAGACCGAACGAACCUUUAUCCCUCGCAGCAUUAGCUGGUUCUAGCGACGAUUUUUGGCUGCCGCCAGGUUCUGCCAACGUGUUCGACGAGAACUUCCCGAGUCAUCCGCGAUCUGACAGGCAACCGACGCAAACCAUCCCCAUACGCGACGACCGACCACAGCUUGCCCGGAGAUCAUCUGGUCCUGCGAGCUCGUCGUCUCCCGUGGAUGCUGGCCUCAGCGCAGCUGGAAACAAAGUCGAGCGACCGGCCGGACGACCAUCUGAACGGCACCUGUUGGAGAGAACGACAAGCUACCCUCCCCCCACCGCCGACGCAGGACUGAAACCCGAGACUGCUGUACAGGACUGGCGUUUCGGACGCGUGAGUCUCCUGACGGUCGAUCUCGCCAUGGCGGCGGGACCAGCGCCCGAGCUGGGCCCUACGGGCAGCGGUGCUGCGACGAAAGCAGAGCUUCUACCGGUUGUGACGAAGAACACAGAGGUGGGCUGGGGAGUCGUCCACUUCUACAGGGAGGGCGAGGAGACACCCUCGCUGAGCGCUACAGGCGCUGAGCAGGAGGCAAUAGACGGGGCGCAGGAGUGCACGACCAUGUGCAUCCCAGCUGUGCCAUUCUACAUGAGUCCGGCCGAUCUGGUUGUGUUCCUAGGCGAGGAGUGGACAAAGGACAUUAGCCACUGCCGAAUGGUCAUGACGUCGCGGAUGAACCGAUACAUGGUGCUGUUGCAGUUUCGGGAUGCGGCGAGAGCGAGAGCGUGGAGGAGGGCAUUUGAUGGCAAGAUAUUUAACCGGAUGGACCGCAUGGACGAAACGAGCGGUCUGAUGACGAUACCCUGCUCGCACGUCUUUCACUGCGCAGCGCAAGACGAAGAUGAGGCCACAACAAGCCCCGAGACGCAACCGUUUGGCUCCUCUGUAUCAAACCUGUGUGCCGUGUGUGACAGCACGGACGACUUGUGGAUAUGCCUGAUCUGCGGGCACGUCGGCUGUGGGCGGUACAAGGGCGCCCAUGCCAAGGCGCACUGGAAGGACACUGCACACAACUUUGCUCUCGAACUGGAGACGCAGCAUGUGUGGGAUUACGCCGGCGACAUGUGGGUGCAUCGAUUGAUACGUGACAAGGGCGACGGCAAGGUCGUCGAACUACCCAACAGGAGUGGACCGUCCGGUCAAGAACAACACCAGCAGCUGCCGAACGAGGAUGUCGUCCCACGCUCCAAGUUGGACAACAUCGGGUUCGAGUAUUCGCAUCUCAUAUCGAGCCAACUGGAGUCGCAGAGGGCGUACUUUGAGGGACUCAUGAACAAGGCGGUCGACAAGGCGUCCAUGGCCACCGCGGCAGCGGAGAGCUCCGCGGCACAGAGCACCAAGGCGAUGGAGCGACUGGGCGAGCUGGAGGCGAAGUACAGCACCCUGACGAAGCAGACCAUCCCCCAGCUCGAGCGUGAUCUGGAGCGCGAGAGGACGAAAGCCAACAAGAGCCAGGAGUUGGCGCGCAGCCUCGGGAAAACCGUGCAAGAAGAAAAGCAGAUCAACGAGGGGUUGAUGAAGCGCAUCGAGCACCUGAACACGGAGAGUGAGACGACGCGCAACCAGUUGGAGGCGCUCAGGACAGAGAACGCCGAGCUGAAGGAGAUGAACCGCGACCUGUCCAUGUUCAUCUCCGGGCAGGAGAAGCUGAAAGAGAUGGAGAGUGAAGGGCAUCUGGAUGAGGGGGAAGUGCAGGGGGGCACGGCGAGCGUUCCUGAUAAGAAGGGGAAACGAAGAGCGAAACGGUGA